AUGAGCAUCUCAUUAUUUGAAAAGCUUCCCUAUUCAUCAUCUACUUCGCCUCGCACCUUGGGUUCCUUCAAUUGGAAAUGCGAUGAUCGGCCGCUGGAACAGAAUCGAAACAAUCACUUUCGGUAUGGCCUGGGCGUAGGAGUUAUAGGUGACGGCCCUUUCUGGGCGCCUUCAGCUGCCAGACCAGCUGCAGCCGUUUAG